AUGUUCAGAGCCGCUGUUCGUCUCUCUGUCUCCGGUGUACGGACUCUGGCUCGUACACAACCACGGUGCCAAGCUGUGUUAGCAUCUCGGUUGUAUUCCCAUGGAAAGGUAGAGACCGACGAGGAGUUUGAUGCUCGAUGGGUAACUUACUUCAACAAGCCAGACAUCGAUGCAUGGGAGCUGAGAAAAGGGAUGAACACACUGAUCGGUUACGACUUGGUACCUGAACCAAAGAUCCUGGAUGCAGCACUGCGAGCCUGUCGGAGGUUAAACGACUUGGCGAGCGCAAUCAGAAUUUUGGAAGCUGUAAAGGAUAAAUCGGGGCCUCACAAAGAUAUCUACCCAUUAAACGGUCGGAACCCUACGGACCUCCCACUGACAGCCAGCCCCUUUUACUUUUGUUUUUGCGGACGGAAAGAAGGAAACACUAGAUACGACCUGUUGGCGUUGAUGGAUUUCUCUAAGGCGCAAAUGUCGAGCCUCUCAGAGGGCAGUCCUGCUGGGCUCAAACUGGAGACUGUGAUGGACCAUCUGCAGAGACAACAAGGGGCCAAACUGGAGGGCAGUCUGCAGGAGAAACAGCUCCAGUUCCUGUUAGCCCAACAUGCCGCUGCAGCCGCAGCUGCCCGAGCCAACGCGGCCAGAAUGGACCCUGCAUUAUUCACUAAAGAGGCCCAGAUGUUUCAGAACCAACACAUGAACGGCAUGAGAUCAACAGAGAUGGACGAGGAUGAGGAGGAUGAAGACUCUGAGGAAGACGACUCUGGCCUGCCAGGCCAGGGUCUGAUGACACAUGGACUUCGAGGCCCUGGUAACCAUGACAACAGGGAAGAUGAUGUUGGAGAUGAAGAUGAAGAGGAGAUCAGUCCGGAUAAGAAGCCCAGGCUGCAGCCUCUUCCAGGUUACAACUACCCCCCCUUCCCCAGCUCUCAGGGCUCCACUGGGAACCAACUGUCCGGCUCUCCUGCUUCGGCCGUAAAAGAGCCUGAAGACAAGGAAGCGCUGUCUCCGGCAGGCCAGCAGUCCUUCACAUCCCCCAAUGGCUUCUCUGAAUGGGGCUAUGAUGACUCAUUCAAACAAAAAGGUGGUGCCAUCUGGGCCGAAGAGGGCGACGGAGCAAAGGCAAGAGGGGAACCGUCCCGGGACUUCGCAAAGCUUUACGAACUGGACAAUGAUCCGCAGAGGAAGGAAUUUCUCGAUGACUUAUUCGUGUUUAUGCAAAAACGAGGGACCCCAGUGAACCGCAUCCCCAUCAUGGCCAAGCAGGUGCUGGAUCUGUACAAGCUCUACAAACUGGUGACCGAGAAGGGAGGCCUGGUGGAGGUCAUCAACAAGAAGAUCUGGAGAGAGAUCACCAAAGGCCUGAACCUGCCCACCUCCAUCACCAGCGCCGCCUUCACCCUGCGCACACAAUACAUGAAGUACUUGUACCCGUUUGAGUGCGAGAAGAAGGGCCUGAGCUCUCCGGUGGAGCUGCAGGCCGCCAUCGACAGUAACCGCAGAGAGGGCAGGCGUCCCAGCUACACCAACAGCCUGUACCGCUACUCCCCGUCCCCUGGGACCGGCCCCCACGCCCUCCUCUCCUCUCCCACCCUCCAGGCCACUCCGACCGGGCACAAUGGUAUCAGCGCCUCUGCCAGCCCCAACAUCAAGAGAGAAGAGGUGACCCCUCCCCUGCUGCCCGGCCGCCUGCCCCUGGGCCUCACCAUGGGACAGCAGCAGCAGCUGGCUCAGGCCGCGACUCUGGAGCAGCUGAGGGAGAAGCUGGAGCGCGGGGCUGGAGCCGGACAGGACGGACCAGAGAAGAAGAUGAUGAGACUGGCUGAAGAACAGCAGCGCCUCAUGCAGCAGGCGCUGCAGCAGAACCUGCUGGCCAUGGCCUCACACUUCAAACCCAUGAACCUCAAGCUCAACAAUGGCCAGGAAAACAAGCAGGACAUGUCUUUCUCCAUUUCCACUAAUGGGUCGACCAGUAUCAGCGUCUCUGUGGAGGUCAAUGGCACAGUUUACUCAGGAACCCUGUAUGCCCAGAAGGCGCCCGCUCCUCCUGCGGCCUCCCAGUCCGUCACAGCGGCCGGCACCAGCGGCUUCAGCGCCCUGUCCUCCAACCUCUCCCCCUCCUCUUCAUCCUCUCCGUCCUCCUCCAAGGGACCCAACUAA